UGGGAAUAGGUGGCUGGCUGCCUUUAAGGUGGAUUUAUUUGCCUGCCAGAUGUGAAGUCUGUAACCAGCCCCUUUAAAGAGCAGGUAAAGCAGCAAGUGGGUAGGGAGAGAACUGGCUUCUCCACCCCUCGUUUUGGUCUUUCAUCAUAACUCCAGGCCAGGCAGGCAGAUUUUGCAAUGUGUGCACUCCCGUCAGGAGGCUCCAGGAGAAGUUCACGCACAGGGAGCAAGUGCCAAGUGUCUAGGGCCUGAGCCAAGGAAGCAGAGGCCCAGGGUGCAAGGGGCUGGGAGCAGGGCUUCCUCCCCGGGGACUAUGGAGCUGAGAUCCCCUGGCAGCAGGACAAGUCUCUCCACUGGGCUCUUUCUCCUGCUUUGUGCUUUCCUGCCUUCUGAAAUACCUGGGAAAGAAGUGAAUCUCCUGGACACAAGCACUGCACAGAAUGAACUGGGCUGGCUUCCGGAUCCUCCAGAAACAGGGUGGAGCGAGGUGCAGCAGAUGAUAAACAGUACCCCCAUCUAUAUGUACCAAGACUGCAGCGUGCUCUCGGAGGGCGACACUGAUCACUGGCUCCGGACCAACUGGAUCUACCGAGGUGAGGCAGCCUCCCGCAUCUACGUGGAGCUAAAGUUCACUGUGCGUGACUGCAAGAGCUUCAAGGGAGCGGUAGUGACCUGCAAAGAGACCUUCAAUCUUUACUACAUGGAGUCAGAGCAGGAUGUCGGCAUCCAGUUCCGUCGCCCCCUGUUCACCAAGGUCAACACAGUGGCAGCAGAUCGGAGUUUCACAAGCCGGGACAUUGAGUCAGGCGUUAUGCAGCUGAAUGUGGAAGUGUGCCCCAUACGGAAGCUGUCUCAGCGCGGAUUCUACCUGGCUUUCCAGAACUCUGGGGCAUGUGUGGCUCUGGUCUCUGUCCGGGUAUAUUACAAGACCUGCCCAGAAACAGUGGUGGGACUGGCUCACUUUCCAGAGACACUGGCAGGCUCAGAGGGGCUGACAGAGGUGCCAGGGGUCUGUGUAGAGGACGCAACCGAAGAAGCAGGUUUCCCACCCAGGAUGCAUUGCAGUGCUGAUGGGGAGUGGCUGGUGCCAAUGGGCCAGUGCCUGUGUGCUGUUGGGUUUGAGGAGGCUGACAGAAGCUGUGUAGCCUGCCAGCGAGGAUUCUACCGUCACUCCCCAGAGACUGAGCACUGCCUCAAGUGCCCCCCAAACAGUUCAUCCAGUGCUACAGGGGCCACAGCCUGUCCCUGCAACCCGGGCUUCUACCGGGCACCCACUGAGAGUCAAAGUGUUGCCUGCACUCGCCCCCCUUCUAGUCCCCGCAAUGUCAGCUUCUCCCUGGUGGGGACGCAACUUUCUCUUUGGUGGCAGCCACCCAGCGACCAUGGUGGGCGCAAGGAUCUGACCUACAGCAUCUCAUGCCAGCGCUGCUCUGUCCUGGCAUGUGAGCCAUGUGAGGCUAGUGUGGUCUUCUCCCCCAGUGCCUCAGGCCUCAACAAUACAUCCAUAGAUGUGAAUGGUCUAGAGGCUUAUACCAACUACAGCUUCACUGUGAAGGCACGUAAUGGUGUCUCAGAGGUCAGCCCUUUCCCCCAGCGGACCUCCCCUGCUGUCUGGGUCUCUGUCGGGCAUGCAGCUCCAGUAACAGUGUCCCACCUGACUCUCACCCAACGUGAUGACAGCAGCCUGUCUGUGUCUUGGCCAGCCCCACGACACCGCAGCCGGAGUUCAGUGCAGUACGAGGUCAUGUACUUUGAGAAGGGCCCCAAACUCCUCUCUGGACUCAGGAGGCACAAGCUCCUUGAACUUCAGCAUGGAGUUCCAGGAGUUAAAAUUGUAAUGGCUCAGGAGCACCUGCUGAUUGGCGAUCUGGAGCUGAAGCCUCCCCAUAGAGUCGACUUUGCGUCCAAACAAGUUGAGGCACUUAGCGUCCUUCGACUUGGGUGCAGGGGCCAGCUGACUGUGUCGGUCCUUCUCGUUCACAGCCGCAACCACGAGCGAGCAGGGCUGCGGGUGGCUGGGAAGCGGUGCCGAGACCUGGAUCGGUACCGGGACAUGGAUCAGCACCUGGACCUGGAGCGGGGCCAAGAUGACGAACAGUGCCAAGAUUGGCACCAGGUUCAGGAUCUGCUCGGUGAUGGCGACCAGCAGGCAGAGCGGCGCCAUGAUGGGGAAUGGCGAUGCAAGCCAGAGCGGUGCCGCAAGAAAGCCCGUUGUCACCAAGCACGGCCAGACUAUGACAUCUCAGCCUUCGACCGAGAGGAGAAGGUCUGGUUGAAGCCCUAUGUGGAUCUACAGCCCUAUGAGGACCCGAGCAGGGGGGUCUUGGAGUUCACCAAGGAACUAGAUGUGGCCUAUGUCACCAUGGAGAAUGUUAUUGGGGAGGGGGAGUUCGGGGAGGUCUAUCGCGGCACCUUGCGCCUGCCAGGGAAGGAGCGCAUUGUGGUUGCUAUCAAGACCCUGAAGUCAACGUAUUCGGACUCUCAGUGGUGGAAUUUUCUGCGUGAGGCAACAAUCAUGGGCCAGUUCAAUCACCACAACAUCGUGCACCUGGAGGGGGUCGUCACCAAGCGGAAGCCGAUGAUGAUCAUCACUGAGUAUAUGGAGAAUGGUGCCCUGGACAUGUUCCUCCGGGAGAACGAGGAGAAGUUCAGCUCUGUACAGCUGGUGGUUAUGCUGCAGGGCAUUGCCUCAGGCAUGACCUACCUCUCAGACCGCAACUACGUGCACCGGGACCUGGCUGCCCGCAACAUCCUGGUAACUCACAGCCUGCAGUGCAAGGUGUCUGACUUUGGCCUGUCCCGGAUAUUGGAAAACGAUGUGGAGGGGACGUACGAAACUAAGGGCGGGAAGAUCCCCAUCCGCUGGACAGCACCCGAGGCCAUUGCCCAUCGGAUCUUCACUUCAGCCAGUGACGUCUGGAGUUACGGCAUUGUCAUGUGGGAGGUGCUGUCCUUUGGGGACAAGCCCUACGGAGACAUGACCAAUCAGGAGGUGAUGAAGAGUAUAGAGGAUGGGUACCGACUCCCACCCCCUGUGGACUGCCCAUCCAUCCUCUAUGAGCUCAUGAAAGGCUGCUGGUCACAUGAUCGCAUGCGACGGCCCCGCUUCCAGGAGAUCCAGGGCCAGCUAGAACACUUCAUCUCCAGCCCCCAUUUACUCCGAUCUGUUGCAGACUUUGACCCCAGGGUGACGCUGCGGCUCCCCAGCUGCAGUGGGUCUGACGGGAUCCCUUAUCAGUCAAUCCCAGAAUGGCUGGAAUCCAUCCGCAUGAAGCGGUAUAUCAUCAACUUCCGCACUGCUGGCUUGGACACCAUGGAAUCCAUCCUGGAACUCACUACUGAGGACUUGAAAAAGAUGGGGGUGUCGCUUCCAGGCCACCAGAAGAGGAUUCUCUGUAGCAUCCAGGGCUUCAAGGAGUGACCGGGCCUCAGGCCCUCAAGCUACCAACAUUCCCAAGCCUACUGGGUAUCACUUGGAGCCAUUCCCAGGGCAGUUGUUUCCAAGAAGGGAGACUGAGGUGAUCAAAGCAACUAACAGGACAAAAAGAACUCUCCUGUAAAAUCUGCCUGCUCCAUCCAUGUGUGAGUCUGCACCGAGGUUGCAGGGUGCUGUACAUACUCCAGAGCCAGGACACCCUUCUCAGCUCCAACACUUGACAUUCUCUAACAUAUUCUGUGCAGUACUGAAAUAGCCCCUGCAGCACAGACUGAGGCCUGAGUGAUACAGAGGGGGAAAUCUUUAGGGAUGCACAGAUACAUGGAGUGAUGGCCCUCUUAAGAUCUGUUGAGAGACAAGAGCGGAAAUACAGAGAAGAAUCUCUGGGGAACCUACACAGGGGCUGGGACAGCAGAAAGCCCCAUCCCUGCUUUCCCCGCUACCAACUUUGUAGCAUAUGUUCCCCAUUGCUGCAACAGUGCAUCUGCCUUCCCCAUUUCAUUGUUAUGGUGGAAGCAGGUACAAUCAGCUGCAGAGAUCAGGGUAAGGAUUCUUCUUAACUUUCUUUGCAGUGAGUAUAUCUGCCAAUAAUGCUAAAUAAUGGUAUAUGCCUUCCCCUACUAUACACUGCCCCAUCCUCCCUGUGAGGGAGGGGAGAGCCUGAAAAAGAAGGAAAUGGGGUACCCUGCUCUUGCUCAUGUGCUUCCCUGUUUCUUCCAUAAGAGAGAACCAGGGUUAAUGCUGAAGCAGGGCAAUUCAGACCCCACCAUGUGUGACCUGUACCUCCCCUUCUCCUGCCACCUGUUUUCUCCUGCAGCCUGUUCCAAAUGUGGGGAUAGGCUGCUUUUGCUGCAAAGGGGGGAUUGUUCCUGUGUGGAAGAAAUAUGGAAUUUUAAAGUCUCAGGGGGAAGGCACGGUGGCCUGUAACAUUUUUGUAAAUAAACUCGUGGCAGAGGUGGGGGCUCUGUAGCAUUCCUUGACUAGUAUGUGGGUACUAUAUGGAGCUUUCCUUCAGUAAUGCCCAGAUGCAGGGUGAGUUCUGUAAAGGCCAGCUAUGUGGGGCAUAGGCUAUCUCUUGCCACACUCACACCUGAGCUGGCUUAUACCUUCUCCUGUUCCCCAACAGGCACUCAGCCACAGGAGUCCCUCACACUAGUGGAGCUAGAUUUACUGCUGUAUCUAUUAAUACUGCACCACUUAUGUUGGCCCUGGGAAUCUCCCAGCUCCAGCCCAAACUGGCUGCCCCAGCACUGUAAGAUCUGACAGACCACAGCCCUGCUGCAGUGGCACAGCUGUCAGCUAUGCAAGCACUCAAGUGAAGCCAAUGUAGGCACGCCUAGCUGCUGCUGUGGAAAUGACACUCCUGUCAACUCUGCAGCCACACUGCAUGAGAGACCCUGUUCAAGGGAGAGAGACACGAGAACAAUCCUUCCCAGCAAAACUCCUACCCCCCACUGAAGCACAAGGUAGCAUUUUAAUUACAGUAGUGAAGAACAAUGCAGGCUGCUGAACAGGAGCCCCAGGCUCGUGCCCUUUCCAGACACCAUUACUCCUGGCUCUCUGUUUAAAAGACAGUCUUUCCCCCGCCCUCAGAUUAGUUCUGCAGUUGAUCACAAAAAAAGAAAAGUUAUCUGAAUUGCAUAUCACACCACAUGCUGCUGAUCUGCUCACAUAAGGCCCCCACUCCUUAUCAGUGCUGCAGGAAAUCUGAUUGCUCUUGGCAAGGACAUAAGGAAGAGGGCUGUCCCUGGGUGCUAGUGGCACAUGGGCCACGGAGAGAGAAACAAAAGUGCUGUAUGCUACAGGAAGGGAUGUUGAGAACUCAAGUUAGACUUUUGCCUUCCAAGACCAUGCAGAAUGAAGGGCAAUAAGAGGGUGCAGUCCUCCAUCUAGAACAGCCAUUGUUAAAGCUUUGAUCAGUUUUUAAGCGGCAGCGUUAAGUCUUGCUGGAUUUCAACUGGGGCAGUUUGACCUUAUUGACCUAACACUAAACAUUUGUCUUAAUAAACUGGAACAUAGCAGGCUGAUGAGAUAACCUACUUGCUGUAGAUUCAGAAAUGUGAUGCAGCCUGGUUUCUACUCAACACCAAAAGUGGCAGAGUAAACACAAGGCCAAAUAGUUUAUUUGCACAGCAAUAGCCACAUUUAUUCACAAUC